AUGUCGCGGCCCGAGGACCUCCUCCCCCCUGACCUCUACUACAAUGACACCGAAUCCGCCAAAUAUACCACCUCCUCCCGCAUCCAGAACAUCCAGGCCUCCAUGACCAACCGCGCCCUCGAACUUCUUGACCUCGACCGACCGUCCUUCAUCCUCGACAUAGGCUGCGGCUCCGGCCUGUCCGGCGAAAUCCUCUCGGAAGACGGCCACAUUUGGGUGGGCAUGGACAUCUCGCCCAGCAUGCUGGACAUUGCACUGCAACGGGAAGACGUCGAGGGAGAUUUGUUUCUGGCGGACAUGGGCCAAGGCAUACCCUUCCGUCCGGGGACUUUUGAUGCGGCGAUCAGCAUCAGUGCAAUUCAGUGGCUGUGUAAUGCCGAAACAAGCGACGUCAGUCCCGAGGGCAGGUUGCGGAGGUUUUUUGACGGACUGUACGCGUCGCUACGAAGAGGUGCACGAGCAGUGUGUCAAUUCUACCCAAAGAACGACCAACAGCGCACGAUGAUCAGUCAAGCUGCUGUCCGAGCAGGCUUUGGUGCCGGUAUCCUGGAGGACGAUGGCGGGACCAAGAACGUCAAGACAUAUCUCGUGCUGAGCGUUGGCGGAGGCGAUAUCACCGGCACAGUGUCCAAGAUGGAGGGAGUGGACAUUGAAGAUGGCCGGAAACUCAGAGAAGCAAUGCAUCGAGGCAAAAGAAAGGGCGAGGACAUCAAGGGAAGCAAACAAUGGAUCUUGAAGAAGAAGGAGAAGAUGAAAAACAAGGGCAAGAUUGUCAAAUCCGAUUCGAAAUACACUGGAAGACGCCGAGGCCCCAAGUUCUGA